AUGACAUGCCUCCUCAGCCACUUGAUCUUGAAUCUGCCAGCGGAUGGGUCUCAACUGCUGGAAUGUGCGUUGGAUGGCUAUCCCAUGCUCACUCACCUGAGGACAUACGAAACGGCCUCUGAGCCACUUGCUGCACACAAUGACCUUAUUUUAUUUGCUACCACGACUCAACCAGAAAUGUUGGCGCUUGCCAGAAUGGAUGGUGCAACCUGGACUAUCAGUUCUAAAGUCGAUGAUGCAGUCCCACAACGUGUGCAGGCUGGAUUUUUUACAGAAUCUCAUAUCGUUGUCUUCAAAUACUCUGUCAUCUGCAUAUACGGACUUGAUACGUUCAACAAGUCCUCUGUCUACAUAUCGCCCCAACUUUUUAUUAAUCCCAAGCAAGUCAUAGACCUCGAGGGGGGAGGGUAUGCCCUCUUCCAGGUUCAACCAUGGGUCAGAGGAGAGUCGGGUCAUUCCAUUAUUCAGCUAAUUGCACGCUCCGGUGACAACUUCUUGCUCUGCCCGCUGAGCACAGAUGAUGACACUGGCUUGAUGACCCUAGACUGUUCCUAUGCUCAGAUGCGUUAUCGGUCUAAUGUGCGGUGGCCAUGGGUUCGUAACCUUGCAUUGACUUCGAGCAACAGCAGCUGUGUCUUCUUCUCUGGUAAUGCAUCCCCCCAGAAUCCAAGAAUUGUUGUCUGUUCCAUUAAAGAGGGCCAGCUUGGUGAACCUCGGACAUUGUGGGAGCUCCCUGGGCCUGACUGCUGGGACAAUGGUUUAUACUUGUCGCUUGAUGAUGUUCUUGGUGUGAUGGUAGUGGGUACAUCUCAGGGAAACGUUUGGCUUGUUGAUUUGGGACUAUCGGGAGAGAACUCAGUGUUUGUCAACGGAAAAGCGAACAUUCCUCGGGAACUACAGAAGAAUCCUAUUGCAGCUUUGCAUUCCUAUCUGGAUCUUCCUACGGAUAGAUUCCCAUUUCCGCCACGGUUCAACAUCAGGGCUCUGCGGUUCGACUCCCAGAAUGUCCAUAUUUUAUGCAUUAAGGUUCCUGAGACCACGUGUACAAAUUCCAACAUGGUGGACAUUCUACGGAAGUCACCGAGCACACCCAAAUCCGGUUGCUGCCACGUGAGAUGGGCACGGGGUGUAGCUCAGAGCACUAAGGACCCAAAUCCGGCUGCUUCAGACCACAUGAUGUGGACAUGUAGGAGAUUAGCAGGGGUGACGGCUCACGGGCUGUUGGAAGCCCGGUGGUUAGGGUCACAUGUGGAUCACGGGUUCAAUCCAAAUGUGAAGGGGUGUAAUGGUAACACACUCAAGGGGAGUCCGGAGUGGUGCUAUUUCGCGUUGGACCCCAUUCAUGUCCGCUGGCUUCCUGGUAACUGGACGAUUUCCAGCUUCCUCAGUGAGCUCGGACAAGACCAUCCUCCCAUGCUUUACUCCAUUGGCUUCGACUAUGAUGAGUAUCAAUUCCAGGAACAUUUUAAGAAGCGGUACGCUGUAGGGAGGGAAGUUGGGGCCAUUGAUACAUUUGGAUAUGGUUAUGAUACUGAGUUUCACAAUGUUGCCGAACAAUUCUUUGUCAUCUUCUCACACUACAACUCUCCUAUCUCGAUAUUGCAACGUGCGUUAAAAGGCCAUGUAAUAGUCUUUCCUGCCAAGCCAGAAACACUCGAAACCCAAAUGAACGUUGAACAUUUCGAUAUGCUGAAUACUACAAUGGGGUUUGACGACUUCCAGUCUUCCCCUCUUGUGUCCUUGAUCAAGCAUCAGGACCAAGGCAUGGUGUACGUACAUAUGUUCUUGAUCAUACGUCUUUGGAGUGGGCAUGGAAAUGCAUGCACUGAAUCCAAAGUAGGGAUCUACCGAGCACAGCGCAGAGCUUGGUCACUGAGGGUACACCUCCCGCCAAUGAAGGAGAUAGUAGCACUUCCACUGAGAGGAUACCACUUCCGCAAAAAAGGCUACUACUGA